AAUCCUUGAUGUGGUCAGCGGACAUAUCACAGGCGAAUUGGCGGCUGAACUGGUAGUGUACUUCGCAUACCAUUGAAUAAAAACACCGCCUUCUUCACCUUCCUCCGACACACCAUCUCCAGGCUGUUAUCAAAAGUUGCCUCACAAGAAGAGCAGGAUCUGUUGCGGCCACUCAUAGAGUGCGCGCCAUCAUUCUGCCCAACAUGGCCAUCUUCAAGAAGCAGUCGCUGAAGACAGGCAACACAACCAGGACGAAGGCUUCAGAGCUCACACUCCGGGCGUCAAUAUACCCAAUUUGCUUAGUCACCAUACUGUUUUUCCUCUGGGGCUUCUCCUAUGGUCUGCUCGACACGUUGAAUAAGCACUUUCAAAAUACUUUGGGCAUAACGAAGUCGAGAUCAAGUGGACUCCAAGCAGCAUAUUUCGGCGCAUAUCCUCUGGCCUCCCUUGGGCACGCCAACUGGCUGCUGCGCCAUUAUGGCUACAAAAUCGUCUUCAUCUGGGGCCUGUGCCUGUACGGAAUCGGCGCUUUGGUCGCUUGGCCCUGUAUUCUUCAUCGAUCGUUCGGCGGCUUCUGUGCUGCCAUCUUUAUCAUCGGCAAUGGCCUUGGAUCAUUGGAAACAGCAGCAAAUCCUUACAUCACCGUGUGUGGACCGCCACGAUACUCUGAGAUGCGUAUCAAUCUUUCGCAAGCCUUCAAUGGAGUUGGAACCGUGGUCGCUCCAGUCCUUGGCUCUUACGUUUUCUUCAAGGAUACGGGUGACAGCACGGAUUCGUUGAAGAACGUGCAGUGGGUAUACCUUGCGAUUGCGUGUUUCGUAUUCGCUCUGUCGGUCGUGUUCUACUUCUCUCCGAUACCAGAAAUCACCGACGCAGAUAUGGAGUUCCAAGCUGAGGAGACGCACGCUGGAAGCAGCGAUCAGUCCUUCUGGAAACAAUACAGACUCUUCCACGCCGCGUUCGCCCAAUUCUGCUACGUUGGAGCCCAAGUCGCCGUCGCUUCAUACUUUAUCAAUUACGCAGUAGAAGCAGGAAGAACAGACAAGGUCGCCUCACAGCUUCUGGCCGGAGCCCAAGGUUCCUUUGCCAUUGGACGUUUCGCCGGCGUGGCACUUAUGAAAUAUAUCAGACCUCGAUGGGUAUUUCUGGUCUAUCUGACAAUGUGCAUCGUCUUCAUCUCUCCGGCCGUUGGCCUCAAACACGGAAACUCGGGCAUAGCAAUGCUCUACAUCACACUAUUCUUCGAAUCGAUUAUCUUCCCGACCAUCGUCGCUCUUGGUAUGCGCGGUCUUGGGAGACACAGCAAACGCGGAGCAGGUUGGAUCGUUGGCGGUGUCUGUGGCGGUGCAGUAGUGCCACCAGCUUUGGGCGGAGCAGCAGAUGCCUCAUCGACAGCCAAAGCCAUGUCUGUCCCACUCGCCUUCUUCCUGGUAGCUUGGACAUAUCCUUUCUGCGUGAACUUCGUCGCGUCGUACAGAGAGCCUGCCGAUAAGUUUGGGACUGCGGAGAUUGGACUGAAGCAUACCGACCCGGUCAAGGACGUUGAAACUGGUGUGGUGCAUCAGGAGACGGAGAAGGAGAUGGAGACUGCUGAGAUUCAGGAAGUGAAGAAUUGA